AUGAUAUUCUUUAUGGACCUGCAGAUGAUGCUCCUGGACAUGAUCUACUUUAUCCUGCGUAACUCUGUGCGUUUAGUGCUCCGACCUCGCACUAAGCCCAUCGAUGGAGAGCUAGUGCUAAUCACUGGAGCAGGAGGAGGCCUGGGCCGCCUCUUCGCUCAGGAGUUCUCCAAACAUGGAGCAGAGGUGGUGCUGUGGGACAUUAACAGUAGUGCCAACGAGCAGACAGCCAAGCUGGUGAGGGAGCAGGGGGGUAAAGUGCACACGUACACUGUGGAUGUCACCAGCAGAGAGGAUGUGUACCAGAAGGCAGAGCAGACGGUCAAAGCCUUUCUCCCCCACAUGAAAGCGCAGAACCAUGGACACAUUGUGACCAUUGCCAGUGUACUAGGCCUUUUCAGCACUGCCUGUGUGGAGGAUUACUGUGCCAGUAAGUUUGCUGCUGUAGGCUUUCAUGAGUCUUUGGCUCAUGAGCUUGUGGCUGAGCAGGUGGAAGGAGUGAAAACAACUCUGGUUUGCCCCUAUAUAGUAGACACAGGCAUGUUCGAAGGCUGCAAAAUAAGGGAGGAAGUGGAGCUGGUCCUCGCCCCACUAGAGCCACAGUACUGUGUUGAACAGGCAAUGAACGCCAUCCUCAUAGACCAGCCGCUGGUGUGCAUCCCUCGCCUCACCUACCUGCCUGUCCUCUUUAGAGCGUUGUUGCCAUGGGAAUCUAAUGUGAUCGCAUAUAGAUUUAUGGGUUCAGACAAAUGCAUGUACCCCUUCAUUGAUUCUGUGAAGCCAAAACUUGAAUCUAACCGUGUCAUUGAAGUUGCAUAA